GUGUCGCGUCGUUUCUCUCGGUGUUGUUGCUUUUUCCCCCUACAAAAACACCUAAUUUUCCACCGUGCUUGAGUGAAGAGUUUAGUUUUCCCACCCUUGAGGACUCUUUGACUGUUUUUCCGUUGGUUUAGUGGUGAUUUUUCUCUCCAGAGAUUGUUUUUUGGUGGACUCUCUCUCUCGCUCCUUCUCUGUCGCGCUCUCGCUUGACAGUUGACAACAAACGACGAGUGGUUUUCCCUUCUUGGUUCAGUUUUGGGGCUCUCCCGACUGAUUCUGGGGGUGUUUUCACCAUGUAGCGACAGAAGAGUGUUCUCCGCGGUGGCAUUGGGGAUUUACAGCUGUGGUGACGACGCUCUUGGCCGUGUGCGCGCAGGAGGAAGAGCCGGCGAUCGAGUGUGACGUCACAGAGACUUGUUGGGGGUCCGCCCAGUGAUUGCGGCGUGGGUGGCGUGUGAAAAAGUGCGUCGUGAUAAGGCCGAAAAACAAACAGUAUUUGUGGAGUGCGCGCUUCUGGGCGUUCAUUCCGCAAAGUCGCCCGACAUCUGUAUGGAUGCUGGAGGACUGCCAGUGUUUCAGAACGCCAAUCCGGCCCAGCACCAGCUCAACAAUCAGAUCCACACACUCCAGCAGCAGCAGUUGAAUCAGCAGCUGCAGCACCAGUUGGCGCAGCAGCAGCAGAACGACGUGCUUCCGCCCAAGAGGCAGGCAGUGGUCGAUCGUCUCAAGAGGCGCAUCGAGAACUACAGGCGGCGGCAGAGCGAGACUGGGCCCAAGUUCACCCAGACCUUCCACAGUGUGUGCGAGCAGCAGAACUUGGAGACGACAGUGCUGCAGAAGAAGUUCCUCGAGAGCAAGGCCAAGAAGGCGGCCAAGAAGACGGACAAGAAGCAGUCUGACAACACACUGGCGGGCAAUCUGCAGAGCAGUGUUCACGUGCAACAGAAAUUCCUCAAGAGACCAUCUGACGAAGUUGAAGCUGGUCCCGACAGUUACGAGCCCCCCGUGAAGCUCCAGCACAACGGCUCGGAGAAUCUGACAAAAUUCUCAGUUGAGAUUGUGCAGCAACUCGAGUUCACCACGUCCGCGGCAAAUUCGCAGCCACAGCAGAUCAGCACGAACGUGACAGUCAAGGCGCUGACCAACACCUCUGUGAAGAGCGAUGGCGGUCUCGCGGCGGGCGGCGGCGCGGCCAAUGGGGCGACACAGCAGCCACAGCAGGGCCAGGCGGCGACGAAUGGCUCUGGCGGGGCGCAGAAGAGCCCCGCGGCGCCCCAGAUGGACCUCGGCAACCUGGUGGAGUGCAAGCAGGAGCCGGACCAUGACUUCGCCGAUCUGGAACAAUGCGCGGCGGCGCUGGAGAAGGACGCCGCGGCCAACGGCCACUUCCCCGGCCUGUCCGACCUCAUCGGCGACGACACGAAUGACGAGAGCGACACGUUCAAGGAGCUCAUCUCCGAUCUGUCGGACUUCCAUCCGGAGCUGCUGGACUUCGAGGAGAAGCCGCAGGUGGAGAUAAAGACGGAGGACAAGGAGCAGCUGCAGCACAGCCUCAUGGAGGGCGGCAUGAUGAAGGGCGGCGGGGCCGGGAGUCCCAUGACGCAGUUCCCCGGCGGCGCGUUCAGUGAUAACCAAAGUAUGGGCAAGAGGGGCUUCGGCGGCGCCGGCGGCAAUGGCGGCGGCAUGUCGGAACUGAGUCCGGCGGCGCAGACGCUGAAGCACAUGGCGGAGCAGCACCAGCACAAGAGCGCCAUGGGCAUGGGCUUCCCGCGGCCAGGACAGGCGCAGGGCGGUGGCGGCGGUGCGCCGAAUGGGCAGCAGCAGUGGUUCGGCGGCGGUGGCGGCGGCGACUUUCAGGGCAACUUCCACAAGAACGGCCCCCCGAGCGCCGCCGGCAGCUACCCCAGUCCGGACAUGGUGAAGCAGGAGAUGAUGUACGCGCAGAAUGAGUUCGAUCUCAAGCGGAUGGCGCAAAUGCCGCCGGCGCAGGCGAAGAUGGGCGGCGGCGCGCCCGCCGGCGCGUACAAGCAGCAACAGCAGUACUCGCCGUACGGCUCGCCGAGCAGCAUGUCGAACCACGGCAGUCCGGGGCCGGGAUUUAUGGGCCCGCGUGGCGGCCAGGGGCCGCAGUCGUCGGGGCCGCCACGACCACCCUCUGGACCCGGCGGCGCGGGCCCGCAGGGCGGCCAGGGCACGCUGCAGAUGAAGCAGACGCAGCAGCUGCACAUCAGCCAGCAGGGACCCGGCGGCCACGGAAUUCAGGUAUCAGCCGGGCAGCACUUGCACUUGUCCGGUGAUCUCAAGAGCAGCAAUGUCUCCGUGGCGGCCCAACAGGGUGUCUACUUCAAUCAGCCAGCACAGCAGCCCGCCCAGCCGCAGCAAUCCCAGGCGCCGCCAGUCAGUCAGGCCGCGUCGCAGGCCGCCCAGAACAGCCAGGGCAUUGUCAGUGAUUCCUACUCCGUGUCGCAGUCGCAGAGCAUCAAUUUCACGCAGCAGAACAUGCGGCGCGGUCAAGCCGCCAAUGGCGCCGGCAUUCAGACGAUGGCGGGCAACAAUGCCGUGACGAAUCCCAACAUGUCGCAGGCUCAGAUGGUGUCCAUGUCGCAGAGCCAGCACAUGUCGGUGUCGGGAAUGGUGCAAGGGAGUCAACAGCCGGGCGCUGGACAGCAGAUGAACAAUCCCAUGGGAAUGGCGCCCAAUAUGAUGAAUCAGGGCCAGAUGGGCGGAAUGGGAAUGGGCAAUCCGAAUGGCAUGGUGGGCGCGCCGAACAUGAUGGCCAACAUGGGCGGCGGCGGCGGUGGCGGCGGCCCGAGUGGCGGCCCGAUGCCGGGAAUGCGCCACGAUCCGACCAAAUUCAUGCAGCAGCAGCAGAUGAUGCAGCGGGCGCAGGCGAUGCAGCACAUGCAGGGCGCCAGGCCGCCGCCGCCGGAGUACAAGGCCGCCCAGGCGCAGAUGAUCCAGGCCCAGAUGAUGCAUCAGGGCGGGCCCGGAGGGCGCUUCCCCAACUCGGCGGCCGCCAUGAGGCGCAUGAGUCAGCAGCCGAUUCCGCCGUCAGGUCCGAUGAUGCGGCCGCAGCACUCCAUGUAUAUGCAGCAUCCGAAUCACGGCGGGCCUCGCGCCAUGGCGCCGUACGGACAGCGGCCGCCAAAUGUGCAGGUGGGGCCGGAGGGGAUGCCGAUGGGCAGCCAACAGGAGUGGCGGCACAUCUUCAUGUCGCAGCAGCAGAAUAUGAACUUCAACUCGAGCGGAAUGCGCUCCAACUUCACGCCCAAUCAUCAAGGCUUCGGCAUGCAGAACGCCGGCCCUGGGGGCGGCACGGGCGGCGGCGGCGGCGGCGGGAUGCAAAUGACGCCGAUGCAGCAGCAAAUGAUGCGCAAUCAGCAGCAGCAACAGCAGCAGCAACCGAACGGCGGCCAGGGCCAGAUGGUGGGCAUGAAUCAGAGCACGAUGCAGCAGAUGCUCGUGCAGCAGCAGCAGCAGGGCAUGAUGGGUCAGAUGCAGAUGAACACAAUGCAUAUGUCGCAGUCGCAGUCGAUGUCGCUGCAGCAACAAUCUGUGAUGAAUAACUUUAGCCAAACGACGCAGCAGAAUGCCGCGAUGAUUUCCAGUGGGCAGACACAGGCGCAGCCGGCCGUCCAGCCGGCGCCGCAGACCACCAGCAGCGCCGCCAUCAGCCCCAGUGGCAAUGACUUCAACUUUGAGUUCCUCGAGAAUCUGCCCGUGGGCGACACGUCGGGCUUCUCCGCCCAGGAUCUGUUCAAUUCCCUCGACAAUGACAGCUUCAAUCUGCAGGACAUGCUGCAGUAGAGGCCACACAGUGGCGGCUGACAGGAGAAGUGGGAAGGUGACGAUGGCAGGUGAGAAGAUGGCAGACAUUUUCCGCUGCAAGUGGAAGCAAAAAAAAAACAAA